AUGCGAGGCGCCGUCUUAGCCUUCCCUGACCAGGAUCGCUCCCACACCUGUAGCGUUCGUGAUCGGCCUCCUCAACUGUGUAUCGAUCGAAAGGCAGGGCGGCACAGCCCCCAACCAAGGGAGUGGUUACGUCCAGUAUGUCCCCCCUUAUUCCCGACAUGCUAUGGUACCCCGGAGUGGGUAGGAGCGGGUCGAGUCCGUAUCGCCGCGGAGCAACAGCCGCGUCCGGAUCUGAUCUAUUUACUCGGCAAUUCAUCCGGUGACUUCACGGUCGCCAAAGAAGCCCCAAGAAGCAUCAAACAUUUCCGAUGA